AUGGAGAAGGUCCUUAUCCUGUUGCUGAUCUCCUUGGCUGUAGCCUACGCCGCCCCUGACCCUCGGGGUCUGGUCAUCAACCUGGACAAUGGGGAGCUGUGCAUGAAUAGCGCCCAGUGUAAGAGCAAAUGCUGCCACCGGACCAGUGGUCUGAGCCUGGCCCGCUGUGCCGACAAAGCCCCUGAGAAUAGCGAAUGUUCUCCCAAGACACUCUAUGGAGUUUACUACAAGUGUCCCUGUGAGAGGGGAUUGACCUGCGAGGUGGACAAGACCAUUGUGGGCACCAUCACUAACAGCGACUUUGGUAUCUGCCAUGAUAUUGGCCGUUCAAAGGAAUAA